AUGGAGUUUGUUGACACUCCCUUACACAUAGCUGCAGCCGCAGGGCACACCGAUUUUGUGAUGGAGAUGAUGAACUUAAAGCCAUCGUUUGCUAAGAAGUUGAACCAACGUGGUUUUAGCUCCCUUCACCUGGCCUUGCAUAACGGGCAUAAAGAGAUGGUGCUUCGUCUCCUGGAAAUGGAAAAAGAUCUUGUUCGUGUGAAAGGGAAGGAGGGCUACACUCCUUUGCAUUAUGUAAUCAAAGAAGGAAACAUUGAUCUUUUGGCCAAAUUUUUGGAGGAUUGUCCUAAGUGUAUCUUUGAUGUGACAAUUCAAAACCAGACUGCUUUCCACACUGCAGUGGAAAACAAUAGAGUAGAUGCUCUCCAUACCUUAUGCCGGAUGCUUGAGAAGACUGACUAUUGUGAGGACGUGGUGAACUGGAAAGACAGGGAUGGCAACACUGCCAUGCACAGAGCUGCGGCCAAUAAUCAUCCCCAGAUGCUGAAACUGCUAUUAGAAUGCAAGGCUGAUAAAAAUGUGACCAAUCAGGCUGGUUUAACGGCUCUGGAUAUUACACUGGCUAAAGUUAACAACGGAGAGAGCAUUAAUAUACUGCGUGUUUGCUCAUUUCCUGGAGUUUCAACUUUAGGUAAAUUGUGGCAAGCAAUUGUCAAUAUUUUAACAGAGGAAUCAGCGGAAUUAUUUCAGGAUAUGGAUAGCAUAUCAAGCGAGGACCGCAACGCUUUACUAGUAAUGUUAGGACUGCUAUUAACAGCCACCUACCAAGCCAUUCUUAGCCCGCCUGGUGAAGUUUUGCGAGGUGAAGGUUCCGAUACUCCUGUUUGGCAGGUUGGAGCUCCAACCUCCACUCUCAUUCCUAGAAAUCUGGUGGGAAAAUCAGUCUUGGGUCCAAUUGAAUUUCUUGUUUUCUAUGUUACAAUCUGUGCAGUCUUUAUAGGGGCGUUUUUCCUAACCCUGGGCCUCCUUAAACCUUUUCCCCGAGAUUUCAGGGCUGCUCUACAGUGCUUCCCGGGUAUCGAAAAUUAG